AUGUUCUUUUCAGGAUUCCAAUUGGAAAUGUCAGUCACAUUAAACAAGACUUACACAACAGGACUGGGUGACUCUACAAGUGCUGAAUACAAGGAACUUACUUCAAAGAUUGAGCCAGAGUUAAAUGACGGAUACAGUAAACUAACAGGAUUCAUCAAGUCUUUCAUACGGAAAUACAGCCCAGGAAGCAUAAUUACUGCAUUUGUUGUGGAAACAAGAGUUAUUUCUGGUGAAAUUAUUAGCGCAAAUGACAACCUUCCAAAAGAAAUAAAUGUUGUUGCUCCAGUCAUUGGAAUAGUUUCUGCAUAUUACAACAGUUCUGAGCCACUCAGCUUUCCAAGCAUCACCUACACCGGCAGCAAACUAAACGUGACAUGUAGUCAACCUCACAACUUAGAUGUGGGACAGCUGUCUGAUUCUGUGUGGAAAAUAAAUGGAAACAAAAUCAAAGAUAAUUCCAGGAUGAAAAUAAUUACAUCUGGCAGGGCAUCAACACUAAACAUUGACUAUAUUCACAUUUUGCAAGACCUGCGGAGAUAUGAAUGUACUCUGGUGGGAAAAGCACUGAAUUUCUUACAACAAGGAGAUCUUCAAGGAGUGGCGAUCAGACAAGCUCAAUGUCGAAUGCCGAGUCGAGUUAAUGUUGGAUGCAUCGAAGGACGAACAGAGCAUCUCGUGUGCUGUGUUCAGUCCAACUUCAGAGUCAAACUGUUUGGAGAGACAGAUGUUUUAGGCACAAAGGUGAUUCCUAAUGAAAUUGGAGACUAUUGCAUCCAGCAUGAUUACACCCUGAAAAACUGCAACACACCACAAAAGAGUUUUGUGUGCAGGGUUGAUGACCCAAAAGGUUACGAAGUGACAACAACAAUUGACAUUUUCAUAGGGGCUGCUGUAUGUAAUAACACUAAGUAUGGAAGUGGACAAGUUGAUAACAUAUCAAUAAUCGAAUGUGAUCCAGAUUACAUUGGAAGCAAAACCGCUGUCUGUGAGUGCAAUAGGGAGUGGAAACUGAAGGAGGACACUUGCAUCCUAAUAGUAAUCUACGAAUUGUUGAUUGAGUCACAGGAUUUGGUUGCAUUAAGUGUACCAGUAUUUGUGGCCAAGGUAAAUGAAAUUGUCCAGAACAACGCAGAAGCAAUUACAAAUUCAUCUGCAACCAUCCUGGCUGUUGUUAGAAUUCUGAACAGUGUUGCCAGUGUUGCAACUACUGUCAACAAGACUGUCAUGGAGGAUAUACUACAAACAGUGGAAAUCAUCAUUGGUGAUGAUGCAAGGGAGUCUUGGGACAUUCUUAAUGCAAAUGAAACCCUGAAUGCCAGCUCCACUUUGCUGGCUUCUUUGGAGAGUCUGUCUGAAGUGCUGGUUGGAGAAUUUACCAUUCAAACUCAAAACAUCCUCCUUAACAGAACCACCUUUGACAACUCCUUCAGUGCAAACCUGAACUCCACUGUCACCAUUGACAUUCCAAACACAAAUACCGUUGACAUUUUUAUCACCACCAUUGUCUUUGCCACCUUGCGUAAUGCCCUACCACCACGGAACGCUAGCUUCAAUGUCAGCAGCUUCAGUGUUACCACCAACAAAACUCUCAAUGACACCAUCAACGCUGCUGUGAUGCUUGUCUCAACAAAUGCAACGAUUAAUAAUGUCACCAUGAGGUUUACCAAAGUGAACAACUCCCUGAAUCAAAACGCACAGUGCGUCUUCUGGAACUUCAGACUUCUUGAUGAUCUUGGUGCAUGGGACCAUGAAGGAUGCACAUUUGUCUCUGACAUAGACAAUAUCAUAACAUGCAACUGCAGCCAUCUCACCUCCUUCUCAAUUCUGAUGGCAACCAGCAUCCCUGAGUCGCUCAGACUGAUUUUGGAUAUCAUCACUUAUAUUGGAGUGGGGAUAUCGUUGGCAAGCCUACUUAUUUGUCUCAUUAUUGAAGGAUAUGUUUGGAAAACGGUGACCAGGAACAGCACUGCUUUCAUGCGCCAUGUUUCAGUUGUUAAUAUUGCACUGGCGCUGUUGAUUGCGGACAUCUGCUUCAUCAUUGGUGCCGCGGUUGCUAAAAAUCCUGGCGAAAACCCAGGAGAAGACUAUCAUACUCCAGUUGGACCAUGUAGCACUGCGACAUUUUUUAUGCACUUCUUUUACCUUGCCCUGUUCUUUUGGAUGCUUGUGUCAGCACUUCUCCUGCUUUACCGCACACUCCUGGUCUUCUCCCACAUGUCCAAGAAAGCCAUGUUGGCUGUCGGAUUCAGCUUGGGCUACGGUUGCCCUUUAAUUAUAGCUGUUGUUACAGUUGCCGUCACUGCACCAGGAAACAUGUACAUCAGGAGGUCUGAGGCCUGUUGGCUCAACUGGCACGAGUCCAUGGCCCUGUUGGCCUUUGUAGUUCCUGCCUUAGUCAUAGUCUUAAUCAACUUCAUAAUCCUAAUCGUGGUUUUAAUUAAAAUGCUGAGAAGAGGUGCUGGAGAUGCUUCCCAGCCAGGUGAGAAGAAUGCACUGAUAGUCAUUCUUCGAUGUGUGGCCUUUUUGACUCCUUUGUUUGGACUGACUUGGGGUUUGGGAGUCGGAACCAUGACGUCACCAACAAAUAAAGGAAUCCAUAUUGCCUUUGCCUUCCUCAAUUCACUGCAGAGUACAAGUGGUAAUGUUUCCUCCUCCAGUGGACUCAACUUUCUGAACAGGUUACCUGGAAGAAGAAGUAAUGUCUACCGUACGACACAAGCUGCAAACUCGAACAGUGCUGGUGCAUCGGAGUCUUUCAUCAACCCCUGAGUCACCAUCCAGCACGCCAAACUGUAUUAAUGC